CUCCCCCCCCACCCCCCAAGGUCGUACAAUACUCUGCAGAGCAGCAAGCUCCUGCCCCUGUAGGCCGGUGAGCAAGCCGUGUGCGCACACCAUCGCCGUUAAACCGACAAACCCAGAUGACUUUUCUUCCUUCACAGCUUCUCUAGAUCAGAGACACUUCAUUUCCACCUCCAUUCUUGAGUGAGAGAGCGUGUGAGGCCAAAAAAAUGCGAACUUUCUCAGUUCCAAAGCUGCAAGCUUUGUUGGUCUUGCUCUACUUGUUCCUGGGUUUUGAGGAGGUCCGUUGCAGUGUGAGCUAUGAUAGGAAGUCACUGAUCAUCAAUGGCCAGAGGAGGAUCCUCAUCUCUGGCUCCAUUCACUACCCCAGAAGCACUCCUGAUAUGUGGGAAGAUCUUAUACAGAAGGCUAAAGAUGGAGGUCUGGAUGUCAUUGAGACAUAUGUCUUUUGGAAUGGUCAUGAACCUUCUCCUGGCAAUUAUAAUUUUGAUGGGAGAUACGACCUUGUGAGGUUCAUAAAGACGGUCCAACAAGUAGGACUUUAUGCUCAUCUCCGCAUUGGGCCGUACGUUUGUGCAGAGUGGAAUUUCGGGGGACUUCCUGUUUGGCUGAAGUAUGUACCUGGGAUCAGCUUCAGAACUGAUAAUGAGCCUUUCAAGGCUGCAAUGCAAGGAUUCACGCAGAAAAUUGUACAGAUGAUGAAAGAUGAGCGGCUUUUCGCAUCGCAAGGCGGUCCCAUUAUACUCGCUCAAAUUGAAAAUGAAUAUGGUCCAGAGAGCAAAGCACUUGGAGCUGCUGGUCAUGCAUACGUAAGUUGGGCUGCUAAAAUGGCCGUUGGAUUGGAUACGGGGGUCCCAUGGGUGAUGUGCAAGGAAGAUGAUGCCCCAGAUCCUGUGAUAAAUGCAUGUAAUGGGUUUUAUUGUGAUACUUUCUCACCCGACAAACCUUACAAGCCAAAAAUGUGGACUGAAGCCUGGAGUGGCUGGUUUACGGAGUUUGGUGGCACAAUUUAUGAGCGGCCAGUUGAAGAUUUGGCUUUUGCGGUAGCUCGGUUCAUUCAAAUGGGUGGCUCCUUCAUCAAUUACUAUAUGUACCAUGGCGGAACCAACUUUGGACGGACUGCUGGGGGUCCUUUCAUCACAACCAGCUAUGACUAUGAUGCUCCAAUAGAUGAAUAUGGUUUGAUCCGGCAACCCAAAUAUGGUCAUCUCAAGGAGCUUCAUCAAGCCAUCAAGCAAUGUGAACCUGCUUUACUAUCUUCCGAUCCUACCAUUACUUCCUUGGGAACUUAUCAGCGGGCUCAUGUGUUCUCUUCAGGGCCUGUUUGUGCAGCUUUUCUCUCAAACUCCAACUCAAAAUCAGCUGCUAGGGUGACUUUCAGGAGUAGACACUACAAUUUGCCUCCUUGGUCCAUUAGUAUCCUUCCUGAUUGCAAGAACGACGUGUUCAAUACAGCCAAGGUGAAAGUUCCUACCUCGCAGACCCAAAUGUUAUCAAGUAAUUCUUUGUUUCUUUCGUGGGAGACCUAUGAUGAGGAUAUUUCUUCUCUAGAAGAGGCCUCAAGGAUAACGGCUAUUGGACUCUUCGAACAAAUAAACAUCACUAGAGAUAGCAGUGACUACCUAUGGUACAUGACUAGCGUGGACAUUAGUUCAUCAGAAUCAUUGUUACGGGGAGGACGGAAGCCCACACUCAGUGUGCAGUCAGCUGGGCAUGCUCUUCAUGUCUUCAUCAAUGGGCAAUUUUCUGGAUCUGCCUUUGGGACCAGGGAGAACAGGGGUUUCACAUUCAAUGGACCUGUCAACCUCCGUGCUGGAACAAAUAGAAUCGCAUUACUCAGCAUCGCAGUGGGGCUACCGAAUGUGGGGCUGCACUUUGAAACUUGGAACACUGGAAUCCUAGGUCCAGUUUUACUAGAUGGUCUUGACGAGGGAAAGAAGGAUUUGACGUGGCAGAAAUGGUCCUAUCAGGUUGGCCUAAAAGGAGAAAUGAUGAACUUGAUUUCUCCAACUGGUGUCUCAGCUGUUGAUUGGCUCCCCGAGUCACUGGCUACCCAAACCCAGCAACCAUUGUCAUGGCAUAAGACUUACUUUGAUGCACCUGAAGGUGAAGAACCGCUGGCUUUGGAUUUGCGAAGUAUGGGAAAGGGGCAGGUAUGGGUCAAUGGACAGAGUAUCGGGCGAUAUUGGAUGAAUUUUGCAAAUGGAAAAUGCGACUCGUGUAGUUAUUCCGGGACUUUUCGGCCUCCAAAAUGCCAAUCUGGUUGUGGCCAACCAACACAAAGAUGGUAUCAUGUUCCGAGAUCAUGGUUAAAGCCAACGAGGAACUUUUUGGUGAUUUUUGAGGAACUUGGUGGGGAUGUAUCACAAAUCUCUCUUGUGAAGAGACUGGUGUCGGCGUAAAUUGAAGCUACUUGUUCCACAGAUGGUGCAACAGACCAAAUUCACGUACAUGAGAACCACUAUACGGAAGAAUAAAAGGAGAAUAGACUCUCUUUUCUCUAUGUAUUCAAGGUAGUUAUGGAUAGAAGACAUGGGAGUUCACAGAUGAAGGUGGCUUAGAUUUCAUUUGGUGGAUGCUGAAUUGCCCUUCAUCCAUUCUGGGAGAUAAAUGUAGAGAUAAACUUAGACAUAGGCUUAUCUUAUUAGCUUUCUGGAGGGCAGGAUCAGGUGAUUAGGGGAAUGAAAUUAGCAAGGGCUAGUGCUUUGCUUCAACUUGUUCAUAUUCCACAUCAUUGUACCAACUGUUUCAUCUCCUCCUUGUGAAUAAUUCGAAGGUAUGAAGCGCCAAUUCAGUAUCUACGAUUCAAUGAAGGUUGUCCAGUCGAGCAUGGAGGAGUUGCUACUGAA